CCUCCCAACCCUGGCAAAAACCCCAACAGUUGCUCACAGCUAAACAGAGACCUAAAAGCUUUGCCUCUGUUUGCAAAUCAAUCCUAACGAUGGCAUGGAUGCAAAUUCUGAACAAGACAAGGGCAUUUCCUAUUUCAAGUCCAUAUGGGUUCUCGAGGUCCUUCUCCAAGUCCAGUCCUUUUAUUGUGAAGGUUGGAAUACCAGAAUUUCUGAAUGGAGUAGGGAAUGGGGUUGAAACUCAUGUGGCAAAGCUGGAAUCUGAGAUUGGUGACUUUCAGAAACUCCUUGUCACCCGUACUCUUAAGCUCAAGAAACUUGGAAUUCCUUGCAAACAUAGAAAGCUGAUACUGAAAUAUGCCCACAAAUAUAGGCUGGGUCUGUGGAGGCCGAGAGCUGAACCCGUGGAGGCCUAAUUAAUAGGUCUCAUUCUUCGGGAGCUAUACUAAGAUUUUGCUUUACCCCAGAAUGGUGGAGGGACGAAUGUUUCUAUGCAAGACUGACAAAGUCUUGGGAUUUUUGGCCUCUAUUUGUAACCGUUGGUUACCUUUCUCGUUUCAAUGGCCAUUAAGUUUAGUGAUCUAGGUCAAUCUCCGAUGCAUGGCGCCCUGAAUUUAGUGAAGCAAAUUGGACUUGCUUGAUAUAUUAUUCUUCAUCCAAAUUAUAUGAUUUCUUCUUGAGUGGUUCCGCUGCCCUUAUUUAGUGUUCCAGUGUUUCACUUCCAUCUGUUAAUGUAAUAUCUGAAAUGCAUGUUUGCGUAAAUUAACAGAACAACAAAAGGAAAGGACAUAGCGAAUCUGCAGUAUUUCUGUGUAAGACCAUGGCUGAUCGGGUUCCAAAGCCUUGCAUCAGCAGUAUUCAAUUCUGUCCGCUAAUUGUUAAUAGAGAAAUAGGACUUUGGAAUAUCCAGACAGCAGAGCCCUUUCUUUUCUCUUUUGCGUCGAGAAUUGAAAAAAAUAAAAUUAGCUUUCUAAACAAAUUUCCGGAUAUAUAAAUUGCAAUUUGCAACUCUGGCCUCUUAAGAGCAGUUGACUAUUCAUAAUAGCAACGGCUGCUUUGGAGAAACUAAUUAUGUACCCCUCAUUCCAAAGCUUUAUGGACUCGAUCAUGUCAGUAUCAGGACCAGCUCGACCCUUGAUAUCCCAUUACCAAGAAAUUUCGUUCUUCCAUAACUACGUUCUCGAAAAUCUCAUUGAACCUCAAACUUGCUCUUAUUCGCUAUCGAUAGCAUGCAGUAAAGUUGCCUAAAUAAUAAAAAGGUAUUAGACUGAAUUGCAACCAAGUAUGUCUGCACCACAUUCAAUAAUUUUG